AAAUUAUAGUCUAUAUACAAUAAGUGAUUUAUGGUAGUCAAGUAAAAAAAAAAAAAUAAUAAUAAUAACUCACGCAGAUAUAUGAACCGUGUAUCUUUUUGAAGCUGUGAACCUCAGCAGUACUACACCGUCCCCACAUAACGUCACUUCGCUGAAUGGUCGUUCACGACUUCACGAUUCCACGAACCACGAAUCAUAUAACUCAGUGUAGGUACCUCCAGGCUCCAGCUGAGAGAGUUGGGCCGCUUGGGCGACGCGCGCUGUCCUGCCCCGCGCUGGUGCUGGAAGAAGCUUUAUAUUGUAAUGAAGUCCAGUUGACUGACAUGAGGGGCUUGUACAAGGACCUGCUGUGCCUCCUCCACAAGGGCACUAUAACACCAGAGAACAUCCUGCGCCGGGGCAGUAAGAUGGCUCCACAGUAUGGUGAUAAGAUCCUUGAGAUGGCUACCUUGAGGAUGGGACGCAGCUACUUUGAGGUUCGGCAGUGCAAGAUGAAAGAUCUGUGGCUGCGCUUCAUCUUCGUGACACAGGUUGCUGCUCCCACCCUGAUGAAGGAAUUGAAGAGCAUAGAGGAAGGCACAUUGCCCCCUCCUGAUAUUAUUGUGGUGAACUCCUGCCUGUGGGACAUUACAAGAUGGGGCCCAGAGCAGGAGGACCAGUACAAGCAGAAUGUGGCAAAUCUAUUCCACCGCCUACAGUGUAUGUUACCCCCGACAUCCCUGGUGGUGUGGCUGGCCUCCCUGCCUGUCGCCACAGAGAGGGUGAAGGGCGGUGUAUUUAUCCAACAGAUUGAGUUUAUGAAGCACAGCAUGCGGUUCAUGUUGCUGGAAGCCAACAUGUUCAUCCACAACCUUUGUCAGGUGUUUGGCUUCAGCUUCCUUGACCUUCAUUACUACAUGCAAUACCAACUCAGCAGGUGA